AUGAAGUCGACUCUCGUUUCUACCCUUACGCUCGUUACGGGCGCCAUUGCCCUUUCCAUUCCUUCUACCUCAACUGGCCUGAGCCUUCCGUUCGUUAAACCUCGCCAGUCAUGCCAGAACACUCCAACUUCGCGACAAUGCUGGGGAGAGUACUCUAUUGAUACCAACUGGUAUGACAAGGCCCCUGAUACAGGGGUUACAAGGGAGUAUUGGCUCUCUGUGGAGCGCGGCAGCUGUGCCCCUGAUGGGUAUCAGCGCACUUGCAUGACUUUCAACGGGACCGUCCCGGGACCCGCCAUCACGGCCAACUGGGGCGACAACCUUGUCAUCCACGUUACGAACAACAUUCCGGAUAACGGCACGUCCAUUCACUGGCACGGCAUGCGCCAGGUCGGCAGCGUCGAGUACGACGGCGUCCCUGGUGUCACUCAGUGCCCGAUCUCGCCCGGCAAAUCGCUCACUUACAAGUUCCGUGCGACUCAGUACGGCGGCUCCUGGUACCACAGUCAUUUCACUCUGCAGUAUGCCGAGGGGCUGUUCGGUCCCAUGAACAUCUACGGUCCUGCUACGGCCAACUAUGACGAGGACCUGGGAUCCGUGUUCCUCCAGGACUGGCCGCAUACCGAGGCCUUCGCCCUGUGGUACAAGGCCAGGCAGGGUGGUCCUCCCGUCAUGGAGAACGGUCUCAUCAACGGCACAAACACGUUCAACUGCACCGGCUCUGCCGAUAAGAAGUGUGUCGGCGGUGGCAAGAAGUUUGAAGUGAACUUUGAAGCUGGAAAGAAGUACCGUAUGAGCGUCGUCAAUGUCGCGACUGACGGCCACUUUCAGUUCUCCAUCGACGGCCACAGCCUGACUGUCAUCUCCACCGACCUUGUCCCGAUCGUCCCCUACAAGACGGACAGCGUCCUGGUCAGCAUCGGCCAGCGGUACGACGUCGUCGUCGAGGCCAACGCCAAGCCCGGCAACUACUGGCUGCGAGCGGGUUGGAACUCGGCCUGCGCGAACAACGGCAACGCACCCGACAUCACUGGCAUUGUCCGAUACGACAAGGCCGACAAGGCUAACCCGACGAGCAACUCUACCGUUAUCCCGUCCAAGAGCUGCGGCGAUGAGCCUCUCCAGAGCUUAGUGCCCCAUGUGCCUCUCGACGUGACCAACAUCCCCAUCAUCUCCAAGGAGCUGCUGGGUUUCAAAUUUACCGACUACUUCAGGUGGACCAUCAACACCAGCAGCUUGGUCCUGGACUGGAAGGCACCUACUCUGCUGAAGAUCUUCAACAACGAGACCAUCUUCCCCACGGAGUACAACGUCGUUGCUGUCAACUGGACACAGAGAACUACCAAGAACCCUGAAUGGGCUGUCCUCGUCAUCCAGGAUCAGUCAGGCCUCGGCAUCGCCCACCCGAUCCACCUCCACGGCCACGACUUCUGGGUCCUGGCCCAGACCACGGGAAUCUUCGACGGCAACCCGGCGAGCUUCAACACCAAGAACCCGCCCCGCCGGGACACCGCCACGCUCCCGGGCAACGGCUACCUCGCGCUCGCCUUCCAGCUCGACAACCCGGGCGCCUGGCUCGUGCACUGCCACAUCGCCUGGCACGCCAGCGAGGGCCUGUCGCUCGAGUUCGUCGAGGACCAGCGCGACAUCGCCGUCACCAUGCACGACACCAACAUCUUUAUGGACCAGUGCCGCACCUGGAAGAAUUACACCGCCGUCGAGGUGUAUCACCAGGACGACUCGGGAAUCUGA